AAGCUGUCAAGUCAUCUGCUCCUCCUGUCAUUCAACUAAUUAUUUAGUCGAAGGACAACUUCUGUUCAGAAAACCAAAUACUGUGAAAAACUAAAUAAAAUCAACAAACUUUUAUUAUAAUUUAAAUAUAUUUUUAAUUCCAAUCGCAUCACCGUUAUGAGUUCUAACGGCACCGGUUACGACUUGUCUGCCUCGCAAUUCUCCCCGGAUGGACGCGUCUUCCAGAUCGAGUACGCCACCAAGGCGGUGGCUAAGAGCGGCACCGUCAUCGGUCUGCGGGGCAAAGACUGCGUGGUCCUAGCUGUGGAGAAGAUCAUCUGCAGCAAGUUGUACGAGGACGAUGCUGGUGGACGCCUGUUCACGAUUGAAAGGAAUAUCGGAAUGGCUAUAGCCGGGCUAUUGGCCGAUGGAAACUUUAUUGCUGACAUUGCCCGCCAGGAGGCGGCCAACUAUCGUCAACAAUACGAACACACCAUCCCAUUGGAGCAACUGUGCGAACGGGUUUCCGGCUACAUGCACGCAUACACUCUAUACAGCGCCGUCCGGCCCUUCGGACUUACCGUCAUUUUCGGCUCCUGGGACGAGAUGCAGGGACCCCAGCUGUACAAGAUUGAGCCCUCUGGUUCCUUCUACGGUUACUUUUGUUGCGCCAGCGGAAAAGCCAAGCAACAGGCCAAGACGGAGAUGGACAAGUUGAGGUUCAACAUGAAAGCGGAAGAACUCAUCAAAAGCGCCGGCGAAAUCAUCUACAAGAUUCAUGACGAGCUAAAGGACAAGGACUUCCGAUUCGAAAUGGGUGUUGUGGGCAAGGAAACGAACGGCCAACAUUGCAUUAAUCCUAGCGUCUAUACUGAGAUGGCCAGGAACGCCGGUGAUGCCGCCAGCAAGGAGGAAGAUAGCGACAAUGAGAUUAAUUAAGCAUAUCUUUCGGAGGAACUGACUCUGUGUAUAAUUAUUCGAAAAAACAAGUUCUUUUAUACUUUAGUUUUAACGUUUGACUUUCCACAUUUUUCUAUCGGAUGGAUUAAUGGUUUAUAAAUACUAGAGAAUAUUUAUACUUUCAAAUCAAUUUAAUAUUCCAAAAAAUAAACCAGAGAUGCAUUUAA